AGAGGAGAGGAGAGGGAGAAGAGCAGCAGCAGCAUUAGGGCGAUUUCGCUGAGAACAGCAGUUCCUUCCCUCCAGCAGCGUUUGCAGCACAUUCAUCAGGAACCGUGUGAGCGCCGCCACAGCAAAUCCGAAGUGCUGAACUUCAUUCAGAGGGCUUUUGUUAAAAGCCUUCAAAACCGGAUCAGAUAGCUUGAUCCGGUUGUUCUUGUCUUGGCGUAUUUAGCGUUAUAAUGCUUUUUAAUGUUCACCGGAGCGAGUGGAGCCUGGCAUCAUGGGUUUGCUGUUACCAGCCAGUGUGCUGAAGUGAGCUGGACCCUCUCUUCACUGUAAACUCUUCCCCUCCCCCAGGGGUUAUCCCCUCCUCUCAUCCAACGGGGGACCAGCAGUCAUGGCGGGCAUCAAGCGUGGCUAUGACGGCAAGAUUGCGGGACUGUAUGACCUGGACAAGACGUUGGGCCGCGGGCACUUUGCUGUGGUAAAACUAGCGCGCCAUGUCUUUACCGGGGAGAAAGUAGCAGUGAAGGUCAUCGACAAAACCAAGCUUGACACGGUUGCUACUGGUCACCUUUUCCAGGAGGUUCGCUGCAUGAAGCUGGUGCAGCACCCCAACAUCGUGCGGCUCUAUGAAGUCAUUGACACCCAGACCAAGCUCUACCUGAUCCUGGAGCUGGGGGACGGAGGGGACAUGUUUGAUUACAUCAUGAAACAUGAGGAGGGUCUAAACGAGGAGCUGGCUAAGAAAUACUUUGCUCAGAUCGUUCAUGCCAUCUCCUACUGCCACCGGCUGCAUGUGGUGCACCGCGACUUGAAGCCUGAGAAUGUGGUGUUCUUUGAGAAGCAGGGCCUGGUCAAGCUGACUGACUUCGGCUUUAGCAAUAAGUUUCAGCCAGGGAAGAAGCUGACGACCAGCUGCGGCUCUUUGGCAUACUCUGCCCCUGAGAUUCUGCUGGGGGAUGAGUAUGACGCACCUGCAGUAGAUAUCUGGAGCCUAGGAGUGAUCCUCUUCAUGCUGGUAUGUGGACAGCCUCCCUUCCAGGAGGCCAACGACAGUGAAACCCUCACCAUGAUCAUGGACUGUAAAUACACUGUACCAAUCCAUGUCUCCAAUGCCUGCAAAGAUCUGAUAAACCGGAUGCUGCAGAGAGAUCCCAAGCACCGAGCCUCACUGGAAGAGAUUGAGAGCCAUGCCUGGCUGCAAGGUGUGGACCCUUCCCCGGCCACCAAGUUCAGCACACCCCUUGUGUCCCACAAGAACCUGUCUGAGGAAGAACACAACAGCAUCAUCCAGCGCAUGGUGCUAGGAGACAUCGCAGACCGUGAGACCAUUGUUGAAGCCCUAGAGACUAACAAGUACAACCACAUCACGGCUACCUACUUCCUGCUAGCGGAGAGGAUCUUACGGGAGAAGCAAGAGAAGGAGGUGCAGCCACGGUCCUCCAGCCCCAGCAACAUCAAGGCCCACUUCAGGCAAUCCUGGCCAACUAAAAUCGACAUGCACCAGGACAUUGAGGACAGUCUGGCGGCUUCGUCCAUCUCUCACGCAGGGGGACCACAGUCUCCGGCCCGCAGUGCUGAGAACUUGCUGAACGGCCACCGCAGCAAAGGGCUCCUGGAGCUGGGCCGGCGGGAGGAGAGCAACGAGGCAUGCGGUGGCUCCGUUCCAUCCGGCCCAACAGCCCCUGUCCCUCCAAAUCCCCUCAAAGCCAGCGGUGUGGCCCUACCGGCAUCAGCCUCUGCCAAGCAGCGCACCUGCCUCUUCCGGGUGGAGGAGGAUGAGGAGGAAGAGGAGGAGCAAGAGCCAUCUCCACUACCCACCCAGGUAAUCCUGCGCCGCAAGCCACCAUCCAUCACCAACCGUCUGACAUCACGCAAGAGCGCCCCUGUGCUUAAUCAGAUCUUCGAGGAGGAGGGCGAGUCGGACGACGACUUUGACAUGGACGAGAGCCUGCCACCCAAGCUCAGCCGUCUUAAGAUGAACAUGGCAUCACCCGGCACAGCACAAAAGCGCUACCACCGCCGCAAGAGCCAAGGCCGCGGCUCCAGCUGCUCCAGCUCGGAGACCAGCGAUGACGACUCUGAGAGCCACCGCCGGCGCUUGGACAAAGAAUCCGGGUUCACAUACAGCUGGAACCGGAGGGACAGCAGUGAAGGACCGCCAGGAAACUCUGGGGGGAAUGGAGGGGGUGGCAGCAGUGGAGGACAAAGCAAACCCCCAGGGGAGGGCAACUCUGGACCGGACAGAGGUAGCCCCCCUGGAGGCGGCAGCAACGGUAGUGGAGGUAGUGGUGGGAAUGCAGGAGGCGGGGGAGGGGGUUCUAAAGGACAGGGAAGCCCAUCCAGCUGUUCCAGCGGCAGCAACAACCCCUCGUCCGGAUCCACGCGCAGCGCGGCCAGGAGUGCCGGGGAACUGGUGGAGAGCCUAAAGCUCAUGAGCCUGUGUUUAAGCUCACAGUUUCGCAGCUCAAGAGCAGGUGGAGGAGGACAUUUCAUCAUCGACCCGCAGAGCCUCUCUAGCGUCAAAGUUCAGGAGAAGUCCUCCUGGAAGAUGUGCAUCGGCUCCAACAGCAGCCUGGACAAGGUGGCCAUGCCUGGUCACGCUAGGAAUGUCAGUGGCGGGUCAGUGGAGCGUUACCCGGACCAAACGGCAACCAUGCUGAAUGGACUAGGUCUAGCCAAGGAGAACAACCUGAACUUGAAAAACAAUGUGCUCCAGCUACCUCUGUGUGAAAAAACCAUCUCCGUAAACAUCCAGAGGAGCCCAAGGGACGGGCUGCUUUGUACGUCUGCCCAGGCCAGCUGCUGCCAGGUCAUAUGAUGGCGGGUCGCAUGACUGGUCCUCGUAGCGGAUUGCUCUUAUCGCCAUAUUUGUAGCAUAAUGAGGACUUGAGUACUCUUCCAGUAGCUGUGUAUGACCUUUCCUGACCCUCAGCAGACCUUUUUGCCACCUGCCUUCUAUGUCGUCUUAAUCAUUCUUACAACAUAUUUAUUGAGUUCCUUUUUUUUCUUUUUGGGAUUUUAUGAGGUGCACGCUGCUAGCCUUUUUUUUUGUUUUGUUUUUUUUUGUUUUUGAAAGAGGGUCCUUUUUAGUCCCACUCAACGUUUUACAUUUGACUCCCUGCUGAUUGUUGUUUUCUCUACUUCUUUUCCCAUGACUUUUAAUCUCCUGAAAAAGCGCUUAAGAUGGAGUACGUGGUUGGGCAUUGGCCAGUCAAUCAAAUAGAAUUGUAGAUCUGUAUGACAAUAAAAUAUUUAAUAAAGAUAAAUAAAUAUAACCAAAAGUGUGACAUAGUAGCACAUGCUAGUUAAUAUGAGCACUUAAAUUCCCAAAAGCCUAUUUUAUUAAUAAAACAAUAGCUGAUGUUGAAGAAACAGCACCAGGUUUAAUUACUGCCCACGUCUUAAACUAAAUCACCAGUUUACAAUCUAGCAAAUUAUCUUAUUUGAUAAUUCAGUUACACAUUGAAUAGUGUAUAAUAGUGGUUUUUGACUUUCAAACUAUUUUCAGCAGGAUUUAUUAUUUAAAAGAAUUGUGAAUACUAAUAACAAGCAGUUUUUACAUCUACGAUUGAAUGUGCUUUUUUCCUUUUAAUGAGGUAUUUUCCUAACACAAAACUUUACUGACAAUCAGUCAGGAAAUCAAACUGUUUCUUGUAAGAAGUACAAGAGGAUCUGUGUAACUUGGAAUUUGUGAUAUACUGACAUUGUUUUCCUGUGGUUCUGAUAAAUAAGCUUUAGUUUGCCAAUUCAGUCUUAAAGUUUUAAAUAUAUAUACUACAACGUGAACACAGAUAAAGCAGGAUAGUGUGUGUAGUGCGACUGAAUUUGUAAUUGAACUUUUCGAAAACCCACUGAAUAUAAUUAUUUAAAAAUACAUCCAAAGAAGUAACAUUCAUAUCCAAACAGUAUGCAUAUUCGUUUGUCCUCGUGCAUCAACAUGUAGAUAUUAAGACGACUGGGUCUUGGCACUGCAGUAGUAUGCGAGGCCCACAGGUUUGGAGAAAGUAGGCUUGCUGGAGUUGCACAGCUCCGUGCUGCAUCCACUGUACCGAUCUGUAAGGAAUCCGUUAAGACAACAAUGCUCAAAACUUUGGCUGUGUUCUGAAGGCUUAUUUUCUUUUCCUGGAGGAAAGGUGAAAAAUUAAGACCUGCAUAAUUCUCUCCACACUAGGAAAUGAAUUCCUAGGUGGUGUUAAGCUCUAAAUCUCAGCCCAGCUGUUCUCACCUUAGUCUUUUUCCUUUUUUCUUUCGCAAUUCACACUUAUGUUACUGUAUGCGCCAGUCUUCAGUUAAGACUGGCCUUAGAUGUCUAUAGGGUAUGUAAAUAUGUUUUUAAAAGUUUAUUUUGUUCGAAAAGACUGCUGAUUAAAAUGCUGUGUUGAAAACAGGCAUCGGGUUGGCUUUAGAGUUAAAGCCGUGCUGGUUCAUCACCUAGCAGCCUGGCUCCAGGUAUUCUUGAAACCUUAACAAGCUUCUUACAUGUGGCCACUCUUUCAGGAAAUACAGCGUCAGGAGUUGGCUUGUGAAUGACCAUUACCUGGUGUAGAGGGGGAGAUCAAAGCUAUAAAGGGCCCAUGCUGAACCAGAGUGGAGUGGAGUGGGGUAGGGUAAGAGAUUUUAAAGGGCAUUGGCAAUAAGCUAUAAGUUGCAGCUAUUUGUAAAUAUACAUAUUUUUGUUUUAUAUUUCAUAACAUGUACAGCCUUAGAAUGGCUCACUUGACCGAAAAAAAAAAAUUAUCUUGAGUAUUUUUGUUUUUCUUUUUAAACAAUAAGGUCUGUAAAUAUUGAUGUAAAUAUGGUGCUCUCUAUAGAACUGCAGUGUUGGCCAUCUUGGUUCAUAGCUGUAAUAUAGCCUUAUUAGUUCUGAGUGUCUCAAACAAAUUUAGCAAAGUUGAAAAAGAAACCAGUGCUAUAUUCAUAAUGUCAGUCUCAGACUUUUGUCCUACCCUGAUGUAAACAGGUGAAAUGACAUGUGCAUGUGUUGUACGUUUGACAUAAUUGAUCCACGUACGUUGAGGGAAAAGAACCACCACAAAAUGUUACUGGACCAAAACCAUGUACUGACUUAUAAAGAAAAACGACAGUGAAAAAGCAAAAUGAAUAAAUGUUUUGUUGUUGAAAUUUGUCCUCAGAAGUUACAUAUAGCUAUGGUAAUGUCCGAAAAAUUAAAUGUUGUGGAAAAUGUCUUUACA